UGACGUCAGCGAGCGGGGGGAGGCGGGACCGCGAUGGCGCUGCGAUGGAGGGUGGCUCAGCGGCUGCUGCACCGAGUGAUCGCUGGCGGUUGGUCGGCGCCGGGACGGGCGCCGCAUCGCCCUGCUGAAGGCGGGCGAGGGUUCGAGUUCGCAGCUGGAUUAUGUUUCCAGAACAGACUACACAGGGGUCUUCUGCAUACAUCAGUACAAUUAAGAAUGGUUAGUGGGGAACACUCCCACAACACCCAGACAGACAGUGAGCAUCAAGACUUCCACUCCAGCGGUUAUUCAGAUCAGAGUGCAGAGAAGGGAGAGGGCUUCGAGUCUGAGCAUCAGCUGCGGCAACUGCUCUUUUCAGCGGCACUGGAAUUUGUCCCUAACUAUGGCUGGUCACUGGAGGCCAUUGCAGAAGGAGCCAAGGUGUUGGAGCUGUCGCCAGCAGUGAUUGGGAUGUUUAGACAUGGUCCAGGCGAUUUAGUGCUGCACUUCGUCACCCAGUGCAACAAGCAGCUCUCACAAGUACUCGCCGAGCAGCACGAGCUGGUUGAGCUGGGGCAGGAGGAGUUGAAGAAGACGGAUGUAUUCAUCAAGGAUGCCGUGGAGGCCCGUCUACGUAUGGUAAUCCCUUAUAUCGACAGCUGGCCACAGGCAAUGAGUCUUCUGCUGAUGCCGGAGAACGUGGCUGACAGUCUGAGGAUACUGACGGAGAUGGUGGAUGAGAUCUGGUUCUAUGCAGGAGAUAAGUCGACCGAUUCCAACUGGUACACGAAGAGAGCAGUCCUGGCUGGAAUCUACAACAGCACGGAGCUGGUACUGGUACAGGACUCGUCCCCGGACUACGAGAACACAUGGACCUUCUUGCAGCACCGUGUCAAUGACGCGGUCAGCGUAGCUCAUUCCGCCAAGCAGGCCCAGUUGACAGGGAAGGCUGUUUUGCAAGGACUGAUGGGAGCUGCGGUUACUGUGAAGAACCUGACUGGGAUUGCCCAGAGUCGGUGAGCUCUGCCUGUGGAUCUCCAGACAGGCAGAAUCUGAGAGUGUGUGUACGUGUGUCGCUUCCAUUCUACUGUUCAUAGCAUCCAGAUAUAAAUAAUGCAGUGAAAAUAAAGUAAUUAAUAGCAAA